AUUUAAUGUCAUUGAGGCGAACCAAGAGAGGUUAUAAUUUCGCAAUCGCUGUCGAGAUGUUAUGUAGUAAAUUUAAACAAAUUGUAUCCUCUAAAUCCACACUGAAUAAUAACGUACAAUUUCGCUGCUUAGUAACGUCCCGUUUUAUAAUAAAAAAAUGGUUUUGGAUCGACGAGUUGGUGUCGAAAUUAUAUAAAAACGAAAAUAGUAUGUCUUCAUUCAGGUUUUUCCUUCGGGAUUUUCGGGUGUGGAGUGCUUGGACAAGGAUAAACUUAGUGAGUACGGUGGUGAAGAGAUGUAGACGGGAUCGGAGUGUUAGGGAAGUGAUACAAUGCUUUAGACAAACGUUUUUCCGUCCAAGGAGGACCCUACUCUUCUCAGCGACUGCGGCUUUCAAAGCCCGCGAUGGAGACGACGAAGCCCCCGUGGGUUGUGACAAGAAUAUCACUGAUGAAGAGUUACAGGCCUUGCUGCUGGAGCUGGAUGGAGUGGAGACCCUCUCCAGGGAUACUCUGUUCUGCACCGGCUGCGGCAAGAGACUGGUCAUCGAGAAGAAACAGCCAGGAGUUCCAUACUGCGUAUGCAAAGUAGCCGAAGUACCUUCAGCUUCUCCUGAUGGCUGGGUCCCGUACAUGGAGGCGGAAGACGUCAUCAUAUGGCGCAAGGAGUACAAACCAGGGAUGGGACUCUAUGCCUACAAAGUAUACGGUAGAUACGCCGACGUUAGGGCGUCGGAUUUCGCCGCCGUGCAAGUGGACGGCGCUUACCGGAGAGUGUGGGACGCGGCCGUGGCCGCCCUGGCCGUGGUCGAGCGCUGCGCCAACGGCGUGUCAGACCAGGCCGUCUUGCAUUGGGAGGUGCUGUGGCCGAGGCUAUUCGCAAAUAGGGACUACGUAUACAUAAGACGUCACAAAGAAUUCGACGUAGUAACCGAAGGGCACAAAAACGCCAUCUACCACCCCGGGCCCUGCCAGGACCGACCGAAGCCGAUCUAUGCCGAACGCCCGAGCGUGCACUCGAACGCGAAACGGAAAGCUAUGGACUCACCCGAGGGCGAGCAGGACGGGGAUAUACACGAUGAUAAAGUUUAUGUGAUCGUGUCUCGUUCGUGUGAACAUCCCGAUGUGCCGGAGACGAAGCAUGCUAUACGAGUGUCCGAGUAUUGGAGUCAUAUGGUUGUGAAGACUUUGAAUGGGGCUGAUAAGUCUGGUAUGGAAUUCGUCCUAACGUAUUACGACGAGCCAGCAGUGGGUGGGAUGCCCAGCAGUGUGGCUACGUGGGCAACGGGUCGCGCGGCCCCCGCCUACCUGCAGCGAAUGCGGAGAGCGGCCGCCGACUACCGUGCCUGGAGGGUCGACACGCAACAGGACGUACCUGACUACACUCCGUUCGUUUCCGAGCAGGCUACCGUUGAGGAACCAGAGGAUCCGGUUUGCGAACAGGAGAUGGAGUCGUCGCAGUGUGGUCCAGACAUGCAAGUUCACAGCGAGCCGGUCACCAGGGACCAGAGUACGCAGACCGAGGUGGCCUUGCCCUUGCCCGAGGUCAAGGACGCGCGACCUCACAAGGAACACACGAAAAAGGAACACAAGAAGGAAUUGAACCACGCCGACGGUGACUGUGAAAAAGUUGACGAAGAGGAAUCCAAAAAUGGGUGAAAAUUUAACUGAAAGAGAACUGUUUUAACUGAAGGAGCGGAGAACAAGACAACCCUGUUUGCCUGAACUGAGAGACCUUGUUUUUUUUUUUAUAAAAUAUAAUUUUUGUAAAAUUUUUAACGUUUGGUGCAAUGCAACGAAAAUGCAUUAUUUUUAUGUAUAUAGGUAUAUGUAUAGGCUGUUACAGUUAUGAAUUUAAAUCUGUUACAUUGUUAGUAAAUAAUAUUUGAAAAUUUA